UCAAAAACAUGGCGGCCAAUAUAGAGCAAAUUUUCCAAGAUUUUAUAUUGAAUAAAAUCAGAGAGAUUGAAGACCAGAAUGAAGACAAAGAUGCUGCUGAAGCAGUGGCUGCUGGAGAAAUGGAUUCAGCAGAAAAAAGCACUUCAGACAAACACGAAGACUUCAGAAGCAGCGGCUCACAAAAGAAGCACAAGAAGCACAAAAAGCACAAAAGUAAGAAGAAAAAGAGGAAUCGAGACAAGGAGAGCAGCUCAGAGUCUGGAGCUGAAGUGGACAGAGGAAGCAGACAUCAGACCAGAAGAGGAACACCAACAGAAGCGAAAAAGGAGCAAGGUGCCGAUCAUGAGAGUAAGUCCAGAUGCCACAAGCAGCACUCAACAGGAAAGAAGAAGAAGAAGAAGAAAAGGAGGAAAGGUGACGAGAACUCAUCAGAUUCUGACUCGGCGUUCGUGUCAAAGCAGAGGGAAAGUAAAUGUGGUCAAAGCUUAUCGCUGCGACGACAAGAGGAGCUGCCUGAUAUAAUCCCCAAACAGGACACCUCCAACCAAGGAAGAGGAGACGAGGAAAGACACGGCAGGAGGAGUUGUCGUCGCUCACCGUCACAUUCCAACUCUCACUCGCAUUCCGACUCAGUGAAGAGGAAUUCUCACUCCAGGUCUAAACACCACCACCACCGAAGGUCAAGGACUCGAUCGCGAUCCGGUUCGCAGUGCCACAGGACUCGCUCCAGCUCCUCGGAGAAGAGGGGCGACUUGGAUGAAUCCAUACAGUCCAACCAGUGUCCCUCAGAGCGUCUGCAGCUGCCUCAGCUGGGCCUCAGCUCCACGCAAGGAAACAUCCGAGCAGAGGAGCUGACUGAGUGUGGGACAGGAGAGCCUCAGAGCCCUGAGCAGAGUGAAAAACCACAAGAGAGAAAAGAAGAAACAGCAGAAACAUUAGCUUCAGGUUGUGGCACAUCCCAGUCCACGCUAAACCAGUCCACCUCCACUGAACCUGAACACAUCACUGAGCCCAGCUUCCUUCAGUGUAAACCUUCAGAUUGCCCAAAGUCUUCUGCCGCCAGUCUUAAAGCAGCAGCAAAGAAGAAAAGAAAACAGUCCAAGUCUCCACAGAGAAACAAAGAAAGAAAGUCUUCAAAGAAGCAUAAGAGAUCCAGGUCACCUGGUCGGAGCUACAGGAGGGGAUCCAGAUCCAGGAGCCCUUCACUGAAGAAGAGGUCACGCUCAAGGUCGGGAGGCCGGAAGUCGUGGAGGUCACGGUCACGGUCGGUGUCUCGGAGUCGGAGGAGGGUCACGUACAGCCAGAGAGAUCGCUGGAAACGUGAGCCGAGCCACUCCCCCGUACUCAUCCUCCGCAAAAACAGAUCCCCCUCCAGGAAACACGGCAGUUCGAACAACAGCCCUCAGCGCAUCAGCGAACUGGAUAAAGAGCAGUUGCUAGAAAUUGCCAAAGCCAAUGCUGCUGCUAUGUGUGCCAAAGCUGGAAUGCCCAUCCCUGCCAGCCUGAGGUCCACAGUGCUUCCCCUGGCACUGCCAACUAUGGCCAUGAAUGCUGCAAUGGCCAGUAUGACUGCUGCCACCGUGACGGCAGCCUUGUCAAACAUGGGCACUCUGUCUUCUCUGCUCCCACUGCCUUCCAUUACUAACAAGCCGCCUCCUGUCCCUGCACAAGCCAGCAUUGCUGCUCUGGAGGAAGUGAAGAGGAAAGUAGCAAAGCAGGCCAACAGCAUCAGCAUUAAGGAGUUUACUGAUAAAUGCAAGAUGAUUGUGGACAGUACAGGAGAGCUGCCUGUGGCGCUGCCUCAUGUUUCAGAUGAAGAGGAUGAUGGGAAGCCCUUUGGAGGAUCUGCUCUUCGAGAACCAAAAGUCAUCAGCUUCAGCAUCAACAAUACGACUGUUCGUCCAGCAGUGCGUAGUGAUGCAGGAAUGGCCAAGGAGUUUCCUGUGUCUUCAGGAUCACAACAUCGUAAGAAGGAGGGAGAAGGACUGGGUGCCUAUGGAGAAUGGGUUCCAAUUGACAAAACAACAGACAAAGCUGCAGUUUCCUCCAGAAAGGCCGUGACAAGCGUUCCCAUGACGACGGCCACCUCAUCAGGAGACACGGCAGAAGGAGUCGGGCAACCGGAAGCUGCAGAACAGCCUGCGUUUAGCACGGACAGUGACAAAGUCUUCCCUGACCCACUAGUACAGCCGGUAGAUAUCACUCAGGCUGUGACUGAGAGGAUCAAAGCUCAGAGGCGAUUGGCCGAGAACCCCUAUGACAUCAGUGCCAUCUGCAUGCUCAGCCGGGCACAAGAACAGGUCGAUGCGUGGGCUCAGUCCAACACCGUUCCUGGUCUCUUCACUGGUUCGACUGGGGCGCAGGUCCUCAGUUCUGAGGAGCUGUCAACCAGUGGACCUCAAGCAUGGCUGAAGAAGGACCAGUUCCUCAGGGCAGCUCCAGUAUCGGGCGGUGUCGGGGAGUUCCUGAUGAGAAAGAUGGGCUGGAAGACAGGAGAGGGCCUUGGGAGGAACCGCGAGGGCACCGUGGAACCGAUCGUUAUUGACUUCAAGGUCGACCGCAAAGGUCUAGUUGCUGAAGGAGAGAAGCCACAGAAGCAAACAGGAGGGCUGGUGGUAACCAAGGAUCUAAUGGGGAAGCACCCGGUAUCUGCUCUCAUUGAGUUGUGUAACAAGAGACGGAUAAUGCAGCCAGACUUCGUCAUGGUUCAUCACAGUGGUCCCGACCACCGCAAGAAUUUUCUUUUCAAGGUCACAGUGAAUGGUGUCGACUACCAGCCUCAGACAGCGAGUCCCAAUAAGAAGCACGCCAAGGCCAUGGCAGCUACAGUUGCCCUGCAGGCUCUGGGAGAGGUUCCUGUCGAUGGACCAGGACUCUACACUGGCCCUGUGUUCACUGCUGCUUCUACUGGGCCCCUUUUCUCCACAUAGACAUGUUGCUGGCAGGCAGGAUUUUUUUUCUCAACGGACAUUUUGAUUUGUCACAGUCGGGAGAGCACAGGUGUAGUAAUGAUGGCUGUUCUACUUCACAGAACCGCAAGUGUGUGAAGGUCCACAAGAGUCUAUAUGGCAUACAUUUCGUCGUUAAGAGCCUGUGUAGCCCAGAAUUAGUGGACUCCAUGUGGCAACUGCACAACAAGGGUAGUAAAGUGCACGUUGUGUAGACAACCUACUGCACAUGGAAGGGAGUCCUCCAAGUGGACUCCAGCAGACUGGCAAAGCAGCACAAUAGCAACAACUAGGCCACAGCUGUCCAUGUGUACGUCUACAAGGGAGUAUAAUCAAGGUUUAGGGAAGGUCCUGCUUGUGUUUGUGCUACUUCAACCUCAUUACUUAAGCCUUGAUUCUACUGUAGUGUUGACAGACUGAAUGCAGACUUGUUUUACUGCUUCUCUAGUCCGCAGGGGUCUACUUCCAUGCAUGCACACUGUCGCCCUUGCAGCGUAGUCCCUGCGUGGUGUUCUCACAGACACAAGUUUUAGGUUGCACACAGGUUCUUGCCCACUUGCGGAGACGACGAAACUCGCAUCACAUGGAUCCUUGUGGACCCUGGCCGUAGUGUUGCACUGAACUGAGCCACUGGUGAUUCCGUCUUUGCCUCCUCAACUGCAAGGGGUCAAAAUAUCUGCCUUGAAAACGGUCUUUUCUACAUGCUUCAACUUCUUGAUCACAGCUUUUUUAGUAUCCUGUCAAAUAACCCGUCCGUCAUUUCCACUCUUACACACCGAGAACAAAUACUGUAGGCACAUGACAGUGAGACUUCACAGUACGUUUGUAUCAAAGCCACUUGUGACCAAUUUUAGGCCCACAAAUAUCACAUUUCUUAGUUAAGUUUAUGGCAGGGUAGCUAAUCUGUUUUUGCCAGGUGCUUAGGAUUGGUGAAGAUUCAUUGCAUUCAGAGUGGAUAAUGUAUGCAUGUACUGUAUGUAUGUAUGUAUGUAUGUAUGUAUGUAUGUAUGUAUGUAUGUAUGUAUGUAUGUAUGUAUGUAAAUAUGAGCGAUGUUUGGUAUAGUAGCAUUUUAGCCUGACAAGUAUUAGCUGACCAAUACUUUAUUCUAAUCUCAGAACAGACCCAGGUUUCUCUGCGAUCCAUUGGUUGUUGGUCACAGCAAAGCAGAGCUGAGUUGGUCUGUUCAGUGAAGAGUUUUAUCUGUAAAUGAAAGUGUUUUGUUUCCAUUGGUCUUGAUAUUGAAUUCGUGGCCUGCCUUCUGACAAGAUGUUCCUUCUACAAGGCUGGUAAAGUUUAGCCUUCUAAAAUUAUGUAAACAGAAAUAAAGAGUAUAUUUAUGUUAUAUAGUA